AUGAAUUCUAGGUCCGAUUCGAUCAGGGAGACGAAUGUCUCGAGGGAAGCGAGAAGCUCACAACCCAACGACAACAGCAGUCAGGGUAAUCCUGCUGUGCGUAAUGAAGAUGAAGUCGAACUCGAAUAUCUCUCCGGAGUUAAUUUGGCCUUGGUUAUACUUGCGGUUAUUGCAAUCGCUUUGCUUGUCAUGCUUGAUAUGUCCAUAAUCGCUACGGCAAUCCCUAAAAUCACGAGUGACUUUCACUCUACUACGGGGGUUGGUUGGUACGGGAGUGCGUAUUUAUUAACAAGCUGUACUCUCCAGCCUAUGUCAGGCAAGUUAUAUUCUCGGUUCAAUGUCAAAUAUACAUAUAUCGCCUUCAUCGCCCUUUUCGAGCUUGGUUCAUUAGUAUGCGGUGUUUCAACGUCUUCCAAUAUGUUUAUAGUAGGAAGGGCCAUCGCUGGGAUGGGGAGUUCUGGCGUGUCGAACGGUGCACUCACAAUAUUGUCCGCCUCUAUACCUCUUGAAAAGAGAGCUCGUACGUUACUUUCCGGCUUACGUGGUCAAAUAGGCGUUGUGGCCUCACCAUUGAUUGGAGGUGCAUUGACGGAAUAUGCGACCUGGAGAUGGUGCUUCUACAUCAAUCUCCCCAUCGGCGGGCUGGCAGUGCUUUUUCUCCUUCUUAUAUCAGUUCCCGAGCACGGCCUUAACAGACCAGAGCAGCGAUUAGAAAUCGAAUUCGCCUCUCUCUUUUCUGAGCUUGACAUCAUGGGUUUUCUCCUCCUCUCUCCGACCCUCGUUAUGUUUCUUCUUGCUCUCGAAUGGGGCGGAACAACUUACCCUUGGAAUACUGCCAUGGUUAUCGGCCUCUUCUGUGGAUCUGCCGGCAAUCUGGUAUUUUUGUUAAUUUGGGAAUAUAGAAAAGGCGACGCGGCGAUGAUUCCCUUGAAAAUGAUCAAACAACGGGUUGUCUGUUCUUCUGCAUUGACCAUGUUCUUCCUCUAUGCGAAUAGCCUGAUCUGUUCUUACUACCUGGCUAUAUACUUCCAAGGAGUGCGAGGCGAACCACCGAUGUAUAGUGGCCUGUAUAUGCUACCGGGUGUCAUUGCUCAAAUGAUCUCUGGCUUUCUAUCUGGCUUAGCGGUCACCCGGCUUGGCUAUUACCUGCCCUCGGCAGUUACGGGAACAGUCUUAGCCGCAAUCGGAUCUGGAUUGAUGAGUUUAUUUACUCCCCAUACAAGCAUGGGUAAAUGGAUCGGGUAUCAAAUAAUCGCCGGUGUGGGACGAGGUUGUGCUCUUCAAAUGCCCCUCAUAGCAGUCCAAAACAAUGUGCCUCCCUCCAAAAUCGCCGUCAGCAUGGCCUUUCUCUAUUUCUGCCAGAACUUCGGUGGAGCAUUGUGGCUUUCCUUCGCUAGCACAGUCUUCAACACCGGUCUUGCAAACCUUCUACCCAUCUACGCACCAGACGUUUCUGUUUCGGAAGUCACGUCGGCUGGUGUAUCUGGAAUGCGAUCGGUGAUCCCGCAUUCUAGUUUGAAUGGUGUGGUUAUAGCUUAUAAUGAUGCUAUUCAGCACGUUUUCUAUAUGGUUGCUGGGACUGCGGGGGCGGCUUUUGUAUUUAGUUGGGGCCUAGGAUGGAAGAGCGUUCAGAAGAGGAGAGCCUAG